AACUCCCUUCCCUCUCCCCUCAACUCUCCUUCAUCUCUCCAUCAACCCCUCCCCCUCCUCAACCUCACAUCAAACAAAUCACAGCAACAAUGUCGUCCUACGCCCAUCUCCUCCCCCCAAGCUGGAAACCCCAAGUCACCGCCUGGCUCGCCGAAGACACGCCCUCCUUCGACUACGCCGGCUUCGUCGUCGGCGAGGCCCCGCGCACCGCCACCCUCUGGGGGAAAUCCGAGGGCAUCAUCGCCGGCCGGCCCUUUUUCGACGAGGUAUUCACCCAGUGCGGCUGCGCCGUCGAGUGGCAUGCCGAAGAGGGCUCGCGCAUCGACCUCUCCGCCUCGCCCGAUGGCAAAAUCAAGAUUGCGACGGUCACGGGCCCCGCGAGAGGAUUGCUGCUCGGCGAGAGGGUUGCGCUGAAUACCCUCGCCAGGUGCUCCGGCGUUGCGACGCAGAGCGAGAGGGUCGUGGCGAAGCUGCGCAAGGCUGGGUAUCGGGGCGUCUUGGCCGGCACGCGCAAGACGACGCCCGGGUUCCGACUGGUGGAAAAGUACGGCAUGCUUGUGGGCGGCGCGGACGGCCACCGCAUGGACCUGAGCGCAAUGGUGAUGCUCAAGGACAACCACGUGUGGAGCCGCGGCAGCAUCACCGAGGCCGUGGCGGCGGCCAAGGCGGUUGCCGGGUUCAGCGUCAAGAUCGAGGUCGAAGUGCAGAGCGAGGCCGAGGCGGACGAGGCCAUUGCGGCGGGCGCGGACGUGGUGAUGCUGGACAACUUCACUGGCGACGGCGUCAAGAUUGCGGCGCGGAGCUUGAAGCAGAGGUGGGCUGGCAAGAAGCACUUUUUGCUGGAGGUGUCUGGAGGACUGCGGGAGGACAAUGUCGAGCCAUAUGUGUGCAACGAUGUGGACAUCAUUUCAACGAGCUCGAUCCACCAGGGAGUCCCGCAUGUCGACUUUUCCCUCAAGAUCAACCACUAAAUCGCAUGAAUGAUGGGUAAUUAGACGCGAGUGUAUUUUACAUGUAUGUAUAUGGAUGGAUCAGUUAUAUUAAACUCUGCAAAGGCAAACUGGGAGGCUACAAUGAAAGAUUUCAACUCUGGUUAUAAUUCCAACGCAACUAAUAAGACAAAAAUAAGGCUAUACAUAAAAUACAAAAAAGUACAGGUAUCUACAAUGUCUCUUGCAAAAAAGACAGCUUUAUUUCCUUUCUUUUUUCCUUCAUUUUUUUUUCUCUUUAGUUUACCUCCUCCUUCUUGCCAAACAGUCCGUUAAACGUCUUGCUCAGCCUCUUGCUCAGCUUCUCGUCAACAUUUGCCCCGGCCUCCUUGGCGUCGAUGCUCGGACCGCCUCCCUGGAGAUGCGUCGCGGGAUCGUUCUGCACUGUGCAGUUGUUCUUGUCACCAGAUGUGGUGCAGCAGGAUCCUCCAAGGAGGACACUGGCGUUGUUCCUGGUAGAGGGAACAUCAAUCGCAGGGUUGGCGUUGAAGAAGUCGGUAGGCUUGAUGUGGAUCUGGAAGGUCUCAACGGGCAUGACGGGCCAGUCCUCUAUCCGGGGGUUGUGUGUCAAGCCAAAGACGCUCCACACAACAGGGCUGCUCCUCUUACCCUUGUCUGCCGCAUCGCCAUUCGUCGCCCCGUUGGUCUCGCGAUCCGUGAACCAAUCUCCUCGCUUGACCAUGUCAGCCACGCCGCCGACCUCCUUGGUGCUCUGGUUCGUAAACUCUCCUGCAGCCCACAGCUCGCCGUCUCGGUGACCCGUCACCCAGGCAUUGUGCAGGGC